AUGUCAAAAGGUAAUUCUGAGCACAGCUCAUUCAAGUUGGAAGAAAAUGAGAGUGCCGCCGUUCCGAAACCGCCAUUGUUGCAAAGAUGGAAGGCCCAUAUGAAGAAAUGGUGGUGGCUAUAUCUGAUCGGCCUGGGCUGCGUUGUCCUGGUCACUGUCCUUCCAAUAGCCUACGUCGGGGUUCCGCGCUUUGCCAAUGAUCGCAUCAAUAAGUACGACUUCGAUUUCGACGGCUUGUCUAUCACAAAUCCGACGCCAAACUCGUUCCAUAUACGGCAAUCACAACAGUUUCAUGUGGGCAUGGGUAGUGGACACCUCUCUGAGUUCGAUGCCUCCAUGCACUAUGCGGGCUCUGAUACUCCCUUUGCUGUUCUCCCCUUUCCCCGCAUUGACUUUGGAAACGAUGCUCAUCUCGAGAUUGACCAGGAUUUGGAAUUGUCUUGUGUCAGCUGUUUCUCAAAGCUGGCUGAGGAUGCAGUCAGAAGCGAUGAAAUUUCAGUUCAAAUUACUGGAAAGCCAACUCUCAAGGUGCAAGCACUGCCCACUGCCCAUUUAGACAUUCAUAAAACGGUGGCCUUGCCAGGACUUAAUGUGGAUGAAUUUAUGAAACGUGACGACGCCUUUAACGUCACUAAGCUUGAUCUUAUCGAUCCCCCUAAGGGCGGGUACAAUGUAAACGCCACACUCGUCUUGAAUACGCCAACCACAAUUAGUGUUGAAAUGGGUGCUGUGAGCUUCAAUCUUACCAUAGAUGACUCGGAACUGGGAUAUAUUGACAUCCCGGAUAUGACUCUUCGGAACGGCACGUCAACUCUAGUUGCCCUUGGCAACUUGGAUAUAAAGCUCCUCAUACGAAAGGGAUUAUGGGAGAGUAGUAAUUCCAACUACGGAAAGGUCACGAUCGGUAUUCACGGCAAUCGGAGCGUGUACAAUGGGGAAGAAAUUCCCUAUUUUACAGCAGCCGUCAAGGCAAUUUCUGCAUCGACGACAAUUGACUUGUUUGACUAUGUCUCGGACUUUCUAGGUGGAUUACCAGAGGCCAUCUCCACGAUGGACAUCCUACUUCGCGAAAGCUCAUUCGGACGGUUACUGAAUUUUAUAACAAACGGUCGGACAUUCCCACAUCGUGAUCUUGAUAUUCCAAAGGAGGAAGAAACCACGAGUUCAAGCUCUUCUACUUGCCAUGGGGCCGCUCGCUACAAAUUGGUUGGUUUCAACGGACCCGAGGAUGCAGAUAUGCCCAGAAAUUGGCCCACGUUGACCAAGACGAUCGUAAUGGUCGAUGUUAUGCUGCUGAACUUCAGCUUUUAUGCGGCGUCGGCAAUCUUCACACCAAGCAUUCCGGGGAUCGAAGAGGUCUUUGGCGCUACCACUGCAGAGGGUACACUGGGACUCUCUCUUUUCGUUAUUGCAUAUGGCAUUGGGCCACUCAUUCUUUCACCAGUAUCGAACCUGCCAUCUAUUGGACGUACACCAGUUUAUGUUCUCGGCUCUCUUGCUUUUUGUUUAUUUAAUAUAGGUACUGCGCUAGCAAAGAACGUGCAUACUAUUCUCAUAUUGAGAUUUUUCGGCGGCUUUAUUGGGAGUGCACCAAUUAGUGUGGGUGGUGCUACGCUGAUGGAGGUAUAUGGACCCGCCGAAAUCCCGUAUGCCAUUGCAUUGUACGCAGUCAGCGGAGUGUGUGGGCCUAUUUUAGGACCGAUUCUAGGUACACUGGUAAUCGAGCGUUGGGAGACAUGGACUGCAACUCUAUGGCUUCUUUCCGGCGUCACAGCUUUCACCACCGUGUUUAUUUUCUUCCUGCUUCCUGAGACCUUGUAUUCGAAUAUCCUUCUUCGUCGAGCCCAGCGACUCCGUGACCAGACAGGCAAUCCUAUUUACCAAAGUCAAGCGGACAUUGACACGCCAGAGUCUAACCUUGCCACGCGCAUAGUAAAACAGACUAUGGACGAUUUCAAACUUGCUUGCAUGGACCCGGUCAUUCUCUUUGUCAAUAUGCACACUAUGCUGAUAUACGGGAUACUAUAUUUAUGGUUCGAGUUUUUCCCAUUUGUUUUUGACGGAAUCUACCACUUCACCGCAUUACAACAAGGCCUUGCAUUCUUUGGUAUUCUUGCGGGCGCAGUCGUGUCCGUUAUUGUAUACCUGCUGUGGUUAUAUUUCUCGUAUCAGCCACGAGUUGCGAAACCAGAAGCCAUUGUUGAGCCCGAAGCCCGCCUUGUCCCUGGACAGGUCGGAGCCAUCUGUAUCCCAGUUUGCCUCUUUAUUUUUGCAUGGACCUCUCGUGAAAGCGUGCACUGGAUUGUCCCUAUCAUCGGUACAGCCUUCUUCGCACCGGGGUUCUACCUCACCUUUCAGUCUAUCCUUAACUACCUGGCAGAGUCUUAUCCAAGAUAUGUGGCAAGCGUAUUCGCCGGCAACACAUUCUUCCGAAGUUCAUUCGGCGGAGCGUUGCCUUUAGCCGCUCCGAGGAUGUUACAGUCACUGGGCAUUGGAUGGGCAUCGAGCACGCUAGGAUUCAUAUCCAUUGCUAUGGUUCCUCUACCAUUCAUUCUGGAACGCUACGGUAAAAGACUCCGGUCUUGGAGCAAGUACGCCAACUAG